UUUGGCGUGAUUUAUGGAGUUGUUAGUGUACUGGGAGAAACAGGACCCUAAAACCAAGUUAUGCGCUCUACACUGCCUCAACUCCACUCUACAAGGUCCUGUGGUGACUGCCGAUGAAUUGUGUGAAAUUUCUACUAUUCUAGACUCUAAAGAGAAUAUGCUACUUAAUUUUAAUGGUGAGAGUGGGUAUAAUGGAAAGGUUUUGGGCUAUGGUAACGUGUCGGAGUUAGGCGACUUCAAUUUACCAGUAUUACAAAGUGCGUUGAGUAUUCGUAAUAUAUCAUGUGAGCAUUUCUCACUGAGUCAACUAAGCCUUGGCAUGUUCCAACACAAUGACUCAAUCGGUUUCAUCUGCAAUAUCCAAGAACACUGGUUCUCCAUACGCAAAUUACACGGCGAAUGGUGUAUAUUGGACAGUUUGAGGGAUGGUCCUGUGUUGGUGGAGUAUGGCUGGUUGCAUGACUAUAUUAAGGAAAUUUUAGAGACUUCGCGUGGUGUUGUGUUUUUGGUAAUUCCGAACAACGGAAAGUUCCCGGAACCUGACCCUUUUACCUUUAGUAACCUCCAGCCACACCAGUUCUUCUUUAAAUUAUCCGAACUCUCACACGAGAAUAAAUCGUUUUUAUAUAAAAAUGGGAACCAUAAAAUUUCCUGGCCCACCACUGGCGGGAUCAGAUUAGAUCAAUCAAACACACAAGAAGAUGCUGAUGAGUAUAACGGCUCCGACGCUAUAAGAAUAGCAAUUAAACUAAUCACCAAUGAAAGAUUAACCAAGUCAUUCUCACCAAACCAUUCCAUUAACAAGUUGUUUGAGUGGUUGGAGACGAAAUGUGACUUGAAGGAACAUGACUUUUACUUUCUAAUCCAAACCGCUCCAUAUCGUAAAUUCAUCAAAUACACCAACGGAUCCAUCGAACUUCUAACCAACUCCAAUUCUCCGCGAGAAGUAACGAAUGAAACGUUUAAUAAAUUGGAUUUCACUUCCAAUGACAUGCUAAUGCUAAGAAUUAACUAA